AUGUAUGGAACAUUAAAACGUGAUGAGGCCAAUCAUCAUUAUAUAGCCAGUGAUCCAAAUGAGUAUGGUCAAUUAGAAUAUAUGGGUCAGGCACAAACUGUUGAUAAAUGGCCAUUGAUGAUCAUGCAAAUAUAUGGUGAUUUAAUACGUGUGGAUAAUAAACUUCGCGAUCGUAUUGAUUAUCUUGAAUCGCAACCAUGUACAUUCAAAUAUGACAAAUUCGAGAUACCGGUGCAAUUAGAUGACGGCUCCAAACACAAUGCCUGGUGUUAUAUGAUCAGUGAGUUUAAACAGGAUUUGUUGGACAGGGAGACUAUUGACGAGUUUAAUGGUGUAAAACAUGGUUAUGUCAAAGGAUCGGAAAAUUUAGUUACUAAUUAUGAUCCAAAUACUGCCCUAUAA